AUGUUCCGCCCACAACAAGAACAAUGGCGGCCAUCUUGCCACCAACAAACGGAGGAAAACGGCACAGACUCCGAUGGAAGUGAAUAUGCCAAAACCUCGGAUGCCCCCCUAACUCUGCACGACAUGCAAACUAUGCUAAGGGAGGCCACAACGGACAUCAAGUGCCACAUGGUGACAGAAUUAGACAAACGGCUCUCAG